AUGCAGCUUCAAAACUCCUUCAUUGUCCUUGGUUUCUAUGCUGCUGGCAUCCAGCAGGCUCUAGCAGCCCCCGUGGACAACGAAAUAACUGCCCGUGGCCUCGAAAUCCGGGCGACACCUGGUGAAAGUAACACCAACCCCAUCAAGGCCUCUGUCAACGUCCAAGGCCAGAACCAACUACCGUUUGACGCCGAUUGCUACGCCAUUCUCUGCAAGGGCGCUGACCGUGUCCUUCAGCGUGAUAGCGACGAGACCAACCCGAACCGAAGGGAUAGCGGUGUUACAAAGACCUUCUCGGGGGGCAACGGCUCUGGCCCUUUUAGGAACCCUCAGAAGGCCGAUGUCAAAGUCCCAGCUCCCAAAUCAUCUUGGGACUCUGGUAAGCCGUUUGUGUCUCCCGAAGAGUAUCCCUUUGCGUCUACCUUGCAGGGAGGAAGUGCAUACUUGAUCCCUGUAAACCAAGCAUCCCAGAACUCCCAGGGCGGUGCUAUUAACGGGAUGUACGAAAAGUAUGACAUUGAGACUGCAGACUGCGGUACGAAGAGCUGGUUCGAAAUCUCUUUUACUGGCUCACUGGGCCCUUACUGCAAGGCCCUCAUGGCCGGGAAGAAGAGUUCGGAUCCCAUUUGCAAAAAGGGUGCUAAGGACGCCGUGGGAGACUGGGGCUUUGAUGUGGGCGAGUACAUCUACAAGUACGACGGCCACUCUUACAGAGCAGCUGGCAAGCAGUAA